AAAUUGGGUUGAGGAUUUGUCAGUGCGAAAGAAUGACAACAAUUUGAGAUGUGUAUACUGUUGGUGACAUGACAGAGAGCUAUGAGUUUGUAACCUGGGAUAAUAUUUUUGACACUUUCUUGAAGCAAGCCAUCGCCAGGAUUCUCAAGAGAUUUUUCGACAGAACUUCGGUCUUUAGAAGUUCAGAUUAAUCUUGCUGUAAUCUCCUUCUGGUAGUCUGAUACUCCAUGCUGGACUGGGGCACUUGAAUAAUGAUUUAAACUCAAUCAGUACUAAUGGCCCACCAAUCCAUACAGAGGGAACAUCCACAUUAGGCUGGAAUAUUCAGAUAAACAGAACAGGAAACAAAGAGACGACGUGAACGGAUCAAGAUGGCGUCUAAGGCUGGGGAGAAGAUGAUGCUGAAGGUCUACCAGCCCAAUGGUAGCUUCAACUCUGUCAAAUGCAUGGAAACUACAGAUAUAAAGAGUGUUAUCCAUGCUGUUGUGAGCAAGUUAGCAAGAGGAGAGCGUGCCUUUGAGAGUUCUUUCGCUGUACGGCUUCAGCAUACCCUAUCAGAGGAUUGCCAUUGGUUACAUCGCGACCUCACCGUAGGUCAGGUCAAGAAAAAAUAUGAAGCGUAUCACCCUGCCAUUGAAUGGAAAUAUGAGCUGCGUGUGCGAUACUUGCCUAAAAACUUCCAUGUGCUGCUGGAGAAAGACAAGGUCUCUUUCUUCUACUUCUAUGAUCAGGUACGGUGUGAUUACAUGAAUGAGGUUGCUGAGCUGGUAGAACAGGACAUGUCCCUACAGCUGGGCUGCCUGGAGAUGAGAAGGUUCUUCAAAGAUAUGCCACAGAUUGCCCUGGACAAAAAAGCCAACUUUGACUACUUAGAGAAAGAAAUUGGUCUGAAGAGAUUUAUACCCAAGAAUGUCAUUGAUAAUACUAAGCCCAAGAAUCUACGCAAGCUUAUCCUACAGUACUUCAAGCAGUUUGCUAACCUGAACGAAGAGCAGUGUGUGUUCAAGUUCUUUGAAGUACUAACCACGAUACAUCGAUUCGAUCAUGAGAAGUUCAAGUGUGCCCUUGGUACUGGCUGGAGUAUCUCAGUGGAGCUGGUCAUCGGUCCCGAUGAUGGGAUAUCAUGUCUCACCGAUAAGGCUGCCACACCUACCAAGAUGGCCGACUUUGAUCAAGUCCAGUCCGUCCAAUCUCUCAGUACAGAUAAUGAUAAGAAGGGUCUAUUACAACUCAAGAUAGCUGGAGCUAACGAGUGUGAUCAUAACUUUCAUGUGUAUGGCCAUGCUGCUGUUGAUAUGGAUUCUGUAUACAUCACCACACCCUCGCCCACCAUAGCAGAGGACAUGGCGGACCUGAUAGACGGCUACUGCCGACUCGUACUCAAUACAGAACAGUCACUAAUCAUCCGAGCACAACAAGCUUUCAACGCAGUCACACGGCGUUCCGCGAAAAAGGCGAAGAAUGCCGUGCAAGACGUCAUUCAGGGAGACAGAGCGCUUCCUUCAUUACCUGGAGACAGCCGGCUCCCGUCAACAGAGGGCAGCAAUGAAGUCACCGUCAGUGGACGCAAGAAACUGCCCACCAUCAAAUCAGGUGGUCUGUCUGAUGACUAUGCCGAGAUCGUCGACGAUGACGACUAUGCCAUGCCGGCGGCUAAGGACUACGAGAUAUCAAGAGAGCUGGUCACUCUCGUUGAGACCAUUGGUCAGGGCCAGUUUGGAGAUGUCCACAAGGGCAUUUAUAUAGACCAGGAUGAGAAGGUCGAGGUUGCUGUUAAGACGUGUAAAGUCGAGAGCACUCAAGCACUUGGAGAGAGAUUCCUAGAAGAAGCAUAUAUAAUGAAGCAAUUUGACCAUCCUCACAUCAUCAAGUUAAUAGGAGUAUGCACUGAUCCACCUAUAUGGAUUGUCAUGGAGCUAGCCCCAUUUGGAGAGAUGAGGAUGUUUUUACAGGCGCACAAAGAUGAGUUGACGUUAGCUUCACUGAUCUUGUAUGCUUACCAGCUCAGCAUGGCUCUCUCUUAUCUAGAGAGCAAGAAGUUUGUCCACAGAGAUAUCGCAGCAAGGAAUCUCUUGGUAGUGGCUAAGGACAAUGUCAAACUGGGUGAUUUUGGUCUCUCAAGAUUACUCCAUGAUCACUCAUACUACAAAGCUUCCAAAGGCAAGCUACCCAUCAAGUGGAUGGCCCCGGAAUCUAUCAACUUCAGACGAUUCACAUCUGCCAGUGACGUCUGGAUGUUUGGUGUUUGUAUGUGGGAGAUCCUCAUGUACGGGGUCAAGCCCUUCCAGGGGGUCAAGAACAACGAGGUCAUAGGUCGUAUUGAGAACGGCGAGAGGUUACCCAUGCCGGCUGCCUGCCCUCCGACGUUGUACAGCGUGAUGACACUGUGCUGGUCGUACGAACCUUCCAAGAGGCCUAACUUCAAAGACCUCAAGACAAGAUUAAAAUGGCUUUUUUGUGAGAUCUUAGAAGAGGAGAAAGAGCAAGAGGAUGCGGUCUUGAAGCAAGAGAAGAGAAGGAUACUAUCCACUUGGGGAUUCCCCGAAGAACCUCCACCCAAGCCCUCAAGACCAGGGUUCCCCACCUACGCCACCCCUAGCAACAUCCUUGGGGACCGACACCUCCCCUCCAACCAUUACCAGAGUACCCAGGCCAAGGUGCCCCCCUCCACGACCACGCCCAACACCAAUACCCUCAAGGGGCCCUAUUACAGCCCCACCCCACUGUCCUCCAACGUCAUGCCAGACCUUCUCAGGCCUAUGAGCAGCGAGGAGAGAACGGAAGCCGAGAAACAGAAUGAGCUUGAGAGGAUAGGGGAUGCACUCCGGAGACAGAGAUUGGAAUCAGAGGCUGACUCAGAGUGGCUAGCAACAAGUGCACAAACACUGAGACCUGAUGUCCGUAGAGCCGGAGGACGCAUGUUAGUGCAAGAAGGACAGAAUGGCAACAGAGAGCCAUAUGGAGGCCAGCCCCUGUACGAAGCCUUCGACCAGAAACCCUCCAGCGCUCCGUCCACGCUGACGACCUCCGCUGCCGACCAAUACUACCAGACCACUGACGAGGUUAGAAGAGAGCUUCCAGCGGAGCCUUCAGAACAAGAGACAACGGCCAGUCAACAACAACCACAACAACCACAGCCACAGCCAAUUGGUGAACAGAUUGCUCCAACGUUAGACAUGGAUCGUACAGACGACUACGUGUUUGAGAAUACAACGCAGGUUGUGAGGGCAGUGAUGGAGAUGGUCAACCUCGUACAUGCGGUCAAGUCUGACCAGUACGUCAACCUAGUCAGGGACAUAGGCCUGGCGUUGAAGAGCUUACUGGGCAGUGUUGACACCCUGUACAGUGAUCUCCCAGGAGAAACCCACCGAGGAAUCCAGAUGGCCCACAAGGUCCUCAGCUCAGACAUGGGUGAACUCAUCAACGCCAUGAAGCUAGCCCAGAAAUACGCCACCACCACGCUAGACCAGGACUACAAACGAGGCAUGAUCCAGGCCGGUCACGUGCUGGCGGUGGACGCCAAGAACCUCCUGGAUGCGGUCGAUACAGCGCGGCUACAGGCCCAGGAUAUCUUUAUGGGUGGGACCAGGCAACAGGAGGAGCUGAGCUAGAGGGCGCUGUUCGACCCUGCUAUAGAUAUCCCAACCCCUGUGAUGCAUCAUUAGAGUUUCUCCAGUCAAGAACAAUUGCAUUGAACUGUUAUUUAUUUCUGUGAUGCACCGAGGGGACGGUGUCCAUUGCUCAUCACCCAUCAAGAACUGGGACCUGUUUCACAAAGCCUUCUUUCAAUGACAAAUGACAAAUGACAAAAAUCAGUCACCGAUCUGUUGAUGACCAAUCAGAAGCAAGGAUUUCAGUAGCUUAUAACACAAACUGUUAUUUGUCACUGAUGACAAUUUUUGUGAAACGCCCCCCAGAUGUCCUAUCCUUCAGCAUUGACUGAGACUUAUUUAUUUUCAUGAUACACCACAAGGGUGUUUAUCAAGACAAACGAUGUAGCGUGAUGUACAUGUAUUUAUUUCCUAUUGAGGUGCAGGAGAACAUUGGAGGCUCCAUGACUGUGUACUGACUGCUUCUCCAACUUGUUCCUGCAGACAAUCAUGUCCUUAUGGCGGUAUAACAUGGUUGGCUUGCUUUAGUUUUCAUUCAUAUCUACGGCUCUUAUAAAAAAAAGGCUGACUCUUUGUCUACCAUGAAUUUACCCAGGUGUAAAUAGGUACCUAGCGAUUGCUAGGCUAUUGAUAAUUGCAGAGCCCUCAGGGAGAACAGCAUUGAUGCUAAUGAGGCUUCGUUGGGUAAACAGAUUACUAGAUGACCGUUUGAGAAACUUAAUUUAUUUAUUCUUUUCGUUGUCCCUAUUAAGGAGUGUAGCGACUGAUGGUGAGUUUAGACCUCACAGAUCGUAGUUCUAGAAUCUUCCUAAGCCUUACCCGCCCCCUAUAGUCCAAUUAAAAUGAUAACUGUAGCUUCUGGGGCCCGUUUCAUAAAACUUUUUAUCUAUAACAAGUGCUAAAUUUCCAUGAUAAAUUUGCUCUCAGCCAAUCACGUGCCAUGAUUUCAGUAGCUUAUAACAGUAGCUUGUAACUUGUUAUUGAUAUCAAGUUUUAUGAAACAGGGCCAUGAUGCUCAGGUGAUAUGCUGCACAAUGCAUUCUUUUGUAGAAUAUUUCCUUUUGCUGCACAAAGUAGAAUUAUUAUCCACUUAUGGUCUGUUAAAAGUUAGAAAGACGUUAAGUCUGUUCAAGUAAAGGAUUUAUUGCCCUUCUGGCUCUCAACAGGCGAUAUUACUUGCGAUGUUUAAUCUGCUUGAUAUUCAGAUAUUCUCCUUAGAAGGCACAAUUUGAACAUUGAACAAAAAAGACUAAAAUUCUAUUAACUCCAAAAUUGGAGUAACCUUACUUACCCUGUCCAGUUUCUGCUCAAGAUGUG